AUGACUGUGGUGGCGGUUGUGAUGGUUGUAGUGGUAGUUACAGGUAGUGAUAAUGUUGUUACCGAUGGCAACAACGAUAGCGGUGCUGGUGUUAGUGGUGGUAGGAGUCGUGCUAGUGACAGUGUUGGUGGCGAUAGCGACGGUGGCGGUUCUGGUACCGGUAGAAUUGGCGACAGUGGUGGUGGUGAUACAGACGACGAUACUAGUUCUGGUUGUAGCAGGAGUACUGUUAUUGCUGGUGUUGGCGAUGGUGGUGGUUGUGGUGUUGGUGCUGCUGGUGGUAGUGGUAGUGGCGAUGACAGAGGUGUUGAUGGUGAUAAUGGUGCUGGUUGUGGUUGA